CACACUGACGACAAGCCUUACAAAUGUGACCAGUGUAGUUAUGCUAGCAGCAAAAAAUAUAAUUUGAUAGUUCAUGUAAGAAAUCACACUGGCAACAAGCCUUUCAAAUGUGAUCAGUGUAGUUAUGCUAGCAGCUAUAAACAUAAUUUGACAAUUAAUGUAAGGAGACACACUGAAGACAAGCCUUACAAAUGUGACCAGUGUAGUUAUGCUAGCACCGACAAAGGUCAUUUGAAGGAUCAUACAAGGACACACACUGGUGACAAGCCUUACAAAUGUGACCAGUGUAGUUAUGCUAGCAUCCAAAAACGUGCUUUGAAGGUCCAUCUAAGAAAACACACUGUCGACAAGCCUUACAAAUGUGACCAGUGUAGUUAUGCUAGCAGCCAAAAAGGUUAUUUGAAGCGUCAUGGCAGGCUAGUGCCGCCGCUCCUCCAGGCUAGUGACGCCGCGCACGACCACACUUACGCGCGGCGAGAGUCCGCGCCGUCUCCGGGGCCCAGUGCCGCUCCUCCAGGCCUCGAAAGCGCCCACCGGGAGCGCUCGCACGAACAGAGCGAGGCCCGCAGCCUUGAGCUUGACGUCCUGAACACGGAGACAUUGGAGACCAAGAGAACGACAGCCGAAGACUGCAUCGUUAUACACCGGCUGAUCAAGCAAAUCUUAAACAAUACAAAAAAUUAUGUUAUAGUGUACUCAUAUUGUAUAAAAUAUUUAGACGUGGACGGGUUAAGGAGCAUGAACACGUCACUAGAAUCAAAAUGUAUAAUAAUUGAGCUUGAUGAGGUGCAUAUAAAAGAGGAGGUUAAGGAGGAAUUUGAAAAUGAGACCUGUCAUGUGGCAGAGAUGGUACAUGUCAGAGAGCAAGCAAGGGAGGCCCGUGAGGAUGAGAAUAUUUACAGCACUUGCGGUAAAAAUGGGACUGAAUUGUUAUGUAUAAAGGAGGAGGCAGAUGAAGAGAUCCACAGUAUAUGUAUAGAGAUUGAGGAGGUUCCUUUAAAAGAGGAGGCUAAGGAGGCAUGUGAGGAUGAGAUUUUCAAUGCAUAUAUAAAAAAGAGGUCGCAUGUCGAAGAGGUCAAUGAAGAGGUUCAAGGCAUAUGUAUUAAGGUGGCCCAGAAGGUUACUAUUAACGAGGAGGGAUGGGAAAAGGAGUCUGUCAAUGUAAAGGAAAUUCAAGAGGCAAUAUAUAUGAAAACUGAGGAAGACAACCCUGGCUUAUACUACCUGUAUGCAGAUCAAGUCAAGGAGGAGUCGCUACAUUGGCCUCAUGUGGUGCCAAGUCAAGACAACAGAGUCGAGUCUCGUAUCAGGGGCUGGGCUUGCUCGGUCAGUUUGGAGCGCAUGCUGGUGGACGUGGAGCGGCGCACCUGCCGGGUCGGGCGCCGCACAUACAAGCUGCACGCCACCGAGCCCUCACAACACAUCUUUAACAGCACCUCAAGCAACUUCACUCAGUAUCAAUGUAAACAUUGUAACAAAGAAUUUGCAAAUAAGUCUGCUUUAGCAAAACAUGAACAUAUACACUCAACAUCAGCACCUGAAAAGACUAUGAAGCUAUACAAUUGUAGUCAUUGUAGUUACACGACUAAGAGCAAAGGCAAUCUACGCUGUCACAAGAAACUACACACAGGUGACAAACCAUUUAAAUGUAACCACUGUGAUUUCAAAUGCGUCACUAACUCUAAACUGAAAAGUCAUUUAAGGAUUCAUACUGGUGAAAAGCCUUUCAAAUGCAGCUACUGCGAUUACAUGUCUUCUCAUACAACUAACUUACGACAGCACGAGAAGACACACAAAAGGGAGGAACCUUUUCAGUGCAGCCACUGUCAAUUAAAGUUUGCUCGGAAAGAUCAUUUACGAAAUCAUCAGUUGGUACACACCAAUGAAAGGUCGUUUAAAUGUGACAAUUGCGAUUACAAGGCUAAACGGAAAGCAGAUUUAGGAAUCCACCAAAGGGUACACACAGGCGAAAAGCCAUUUAAGUGCCGUCACUGCAACAAUGUGUUUGCAUAUAAGAAAAACCUAAAGAUUCAUCUGAAAAGUAAACAUUCCGACGAGCAGCUCGGAACCUCAGUGAAGCUAUUUUUGUAAUACAGAUUGAAUAUGUAAUCUCAUGACACACACACACA